AUGUCAGCAUCUAAGAUUCCACUUUUCAAAAUGAAGGACCUGAUCCUCUUCCUGUGCCUCCUGAAAAUGAGUCUUGCAGUGCCGGCAUUUCCUCAACAACCUGGCCAGCCAGGCAUGGCACCUCCCGGCAUGGCUAGUUUGAGCCUUGAGACAAUGAGACAGUUGGGAAGCUUGCAGGGAUUAAAUGCACUUUCUCAGUAUUCUAGACUUGGAUUUGGGAAAGCAUUUAAUACUUUAUGGUUACCUGGUCUCCUCCCACCACAUUCUUCUUUCCCAUGGAUAAGACCAAGGGAACAUGAAACUCAACAGUAUGAAUAUUCUUUGCCUGUGCAUCCCCCACCUCUCCCAUCACAGCCAUCCCUGCAGCCUCACCAGCCAGGACUGAAACAGUUCCUCCAACCCACUGCUGCUACCGGCAUCCAGGUCACACCCCAGAAGGGAGGGCCUCAGCCUCCAAUGCACCCUGGACAGCUGCCCUUGCAGGAGGGAGAACUGACAGCACCAGACGAGCAGCUGCAGGCGGCACCAUCAGAGAAGCCACCAACACCUGAGCUCCCACUAAUGGAUUUCGCUGGUCCACAAUUUCCAACAGUAUUCCAAAUAGCCCGUUUGAUAUCUCGGGGACCAGUGGCACAAAAUAAACCAUCAGCAUUUUAUCCAGGAAUGUUUUACAUGUCUUAUGGAACAAACCAACUGAAUGUCCCUGCCAGGCUUGGCUUCAUGAGCUCAGAAGAAAUGCCUGGAGGAAGAGGAAGUCCCAUGACUUAUGGAUCUAUGUUCCCAGGAUUUGGAGGCCUGAGGCACACCCUUAGGGGAAUGAACCCCAACACAGCCAAGGGUGGAGACUUUACUCUGGAAUUUGACUCCCCAGUGUCUGUAACCAAAGGCCCUGAGAAGGGAGAAGGUCCACAAGGCUCUCCACUGCAAGAGGCCAACCCAGCCGACCCAGAAAACCCAGCUCUCCUUUCACAAAUAGCACCUGGUGCCCAUGCAGGACUCCGUGCUUUCCCCAAUGACAACAUUCCCAAACUGGCAAGGGGCCCUGAAGGGCAGAGGCAGAGACCCCUUGGGGUCACCCCUGCAGCUGCUGAUCCACUGAUGACCCCUGAAUUAGCAGAAGUUUAUGAGACCUAUGGUGCUGAUGUUACCACACCACUGGGUGAUGGAGAAGCAACCAUAGAUACCACAAUGUCCCCAGACACUCAGCAAACACUGAUGCCUGGAAACAAAGUGCACCAGCCCCAGAUGGUGCACAAUGCAUGGCGUUUCCAGGAGCCCUAA